AUUAACAGCUCAGCAUUUUUUGACAAAUUGAUAUAACUACACCAGUGUGAUGGUUUAUUUCAGGAGACAGAGAUUCCCAUGACAGAGUUGACUAUGAACCCAACUACCUCUACACCAGGAGCCUGUGUUCAAGACACGAGUGCCCUAAUAGGACUGGCAUCUCCAAGCGUCCUUCUGCAGGCCAAGCCCAAGCCUCCUCAGCAGCAGCCUCCUCAGCAGCAGCCUCCUCAGCAGCAGCAGCAGCAGCAGCAAGCUCCAGCACUGACCCCCUGGAGGACAGCAAAGAUCCACCGCUCCAACAGUGACCCAGUGUUGAUGGACCUUGCUGCUAAAGUGCAGCACAGCAGCGACGCUCCCCUCGCACUGUCUCCUCAGACCACAGAUUCUUCCACCCAGACCUCCCAGCCCACGCUGGCCCCCCACACUCAUGGGCAUGUCACACUGCGACGGGGCAACGACAGCAGGACGCCGUGCCGGCCUCGGCCCUCCUCCAUGGUGGACUACCAGAGCUACCGACACACACAGCAGCUGGUCAGGAAAAUCCUGGAGCAGCCAGCAACCCAGGGCCUGGCCCCCGAGGUCCAGGAGCUGGUGGACAGCAUAAGAAAUGUCCUGCAGUCAGAUCAGGAGCACAUGGAGGAGGCUGUACGCUGUGCUAGUUACAUAGAACAGGUGUUUACUGACUCAGAGAAGGGUUCCUGCCAGCCUAAACCUCCCCAGCUGCAGCCGGCAGGCAGUUCCUCCCAUACGUUCCCUCGCCCUCUUAGGAGAAGGCCUGGUCUGCUGCACCUACAGAGCUGUGGGGACCUCAGCUCCUCACCUGUGCUCCGCUCGAGUCUCUGGAACAUCCAGGAAACAGCAGAAAAGUGGAGUUUAGGGCGGGCUCUAGGGCAGGUUCAAGGGCAGGGUACCGUCCGAAUUAUCCUGAACGCCCUCACAGUCUGAUUGGAGUCUUUAGAGAGACUGUGCUAUGAGGGAAAACCGGUGGUAUUAAAAUAUGUUGGAUGGCAACACAGCUGGAUGCUGCCUUAUCUGUUGUUAAACUUGGAGGGGAAAUAAUCCAACUACUGAGGUGGAUCUCUCUCUCUCUGUGUGUGUGUGUGUGUAUAUAUAAAAAUAUAUAUGAUUGCAAUUUUUUUUGCAACAUUUUUGCUCUGCUAAUAUUUUGACUAUUGUGAAACACAAAAUAUGGAUACCUUAUUCUGAAACAUAUUAUCCAGCAUUACUCCAUACAGCUAUACAUGACAGCAUAUGUUUGACAUGUGUCUUCUGCAACAUUUUCAGAUACUGAUGAAACGGCAAUGUUUUGUUUUACUGGUCCAUAAAUUCCUAAUAAUUUUCAACAAGUUUCUUGGAAAGAAAAGUCCCUAAUAAUAGAAAUUAGGAAUGGACUUUGAAGAAAAGAAAAUAUGAAUUCAUUGCAUGCAUUUGUGCUAUAUGAUGCAAAAUGAACCAUUUCCCCCAUAAUUAGUACUUUCUUACUAAACUUCUUUAAAAUUAUUUGAAAAUUACAGAACAUUUAAUAAAGUGUUGCCAGCCACAAUCCACCAGGGUAGAUGGCUUGCCAUUUAGCAAGUAAAAAGGUUUGGUUGCAGACCAGAUAAUUAAAUCAAGAGUCUGAUUUCAAACCAUGCCUCUUUUGUGAGAAAUAAAAAUGGAUGCGGCACAGCUAAUGUGAUAGCUCCACCUAUUUUGGACUGGCACGAAUUUGAGCAUCACAGUUUACCACUUGAACAUCAUGUGAAACUUCCAUGCAGAUUUAAUUAGCCUCUGCAAGUUCAUUGAAAACACUUUGUUAGUUGAUUUAAUUAACAAUGUCUGUGAGAGGGCACUAAUGUCGCUUUCACCUCAUGCAAAGGUAGUGACGUUUACAAGGACCUUUUAUGUCCUAAGACAACUCAAGACAGUUGUAUGUUUGCAAAGUUGGCCAUGCAUGUUAAGUAAAGAUCUAAUAAAUGUGGUGUAACCUUGAACAAA